UCUGUUUCGAACUGUCAUGUCUGCGCCCAUGAACAACAAAAAAUUAGGUAUGAUUGACGCAUGAUAAAGUGAAUUGGAAAAUAAAGUGUGUUCCCUUAGCAGAAGAGACCUUUGACCUGAUAAACAAUCAAGUUCCAUCAUUGAUAUAAUGCAUGUAUGUGUUCGUGAGGACCAGUCCCAGAAAUGUUGGAUCCAUCCUGCUACACUGUCUCAACUGAACGGGGAACUGACUUCCUAUUUUAUGAUCUCUACUUCAGAUUCAGAAUUUAUCUGUCAGGUUUGGCCAAAUGAUCAGAUCAGUGCAAAUUGUCUCUGUUUCUCUAACUCUGUGUUUAAAAACAAAAGUGCACAUGCUUCUAGUAGUGUAAAUAAUUAUGGAGAUGCUAUACAUAUGAAUUCUACAAACUCAAAAAGUCUCAAGUUAACAUUAAUUGUAGAAGACCAUCAGAUAAUUAAAUUAUUAAAACAUGACCUCAAAAUUCAUCCAAAUAAGGUUGAAAAUAUGUGCAAAAAUUUACUUUAUAAAUACUGUGUGGCUAAAGAUUUUACUGUUUCCGUAGGUCGAACACAAUUAGGAAAAAUAUAUGGAAUUUAUUAUAUUUUGAUUAAUUCAUGUGAAGAUGACAACUAUGAUGGUUUUAUAAUCAAUCAGCAAACUGAGAUAUUAGUAGAUUGUAUUGUUAGUAAAGAGAGAUUUCUACAGAAUUUAAAAGCACCAGACAUCGGAGGAUUGGAAAAAGAAGCUCGGGAACUAUGUAAUAUUUUAUCUCUUCCAUUUCAAGGCAGAUCACUGAUAUCUGGUGAGUUUAAGAAAGUAUUACCAAAGGGUAUAUUGUUACGUGGUCCUCCAGGGACAGGAAAAACUUCUUUAGUUAAACAUGUUGGAUGUGAAUGUAAUGCUUAUAUUAUAACAGUUAACAGUCCAGAAGUUUUCGGUGCCAGACCAGGAGAAACAGAAGAAAACUUAAGCAAAAUAUUAGACAAGGCUCUGACCUUUAGUGAGGAAGGUCGGACUAUUUUGUUUUUAGAUGAAGUUGAUACCUUGUGUCCUGACAGGAGACAUUUGGAUGGUCAAAAGGAAAUAAACUUAACCAAACUACUGGUGGACUUCUUUGACAGGAUUACCAGUAAUGAGAAUAUUAUGGUGAUAGGAGCUACUAACCGUCCAGUCUCUGUAGAUAAUGUACUAAGGAGACCAGGCAGGUUUGAUAAGGAGAUUAUGAUAAAUGUACCAAAUGAAAGUCAAAGGUUAGAUAUACUGAAGAAAGUUACAUCUUCAUUACCAUUGUCAGAGGAUGUUGAUUUGGAGAGGUUAGCCUUCAUAACCAAUGGCUAUGUUGGGGCAGACUUAGUUUCAGUAGCAAGAGAGGCAGUGUUAAUUGUCUUACUGGGAUGCAACAAGGAAAGAAAAAUAAAGAUGAAUCAUUUUGAAAAAGCAGUAAGAAAAGUCAUGCCUUCCAUCAGGAAAGGUACAGUUGGACUGGUUGAAUUAUCUCCUGUACAAUGGUCUCAGAUAGGGGGUCUUUCAGGAGUGAAGUGUCAAAUACAACAGGCAGUAGAAUGGCCAAUAAAACACCCAGAAGCUUUCCAUAGAAUGGGAUUACCAUGUCCUAAAGGUGUUUUAUUGUAUGGACCCCCUGGUUGUUGUAAGACUACAUUAGUGAGAGCAGCAGCUACGUCAGUCAAUGCCACAUUUAUAUCACUGAGUGGUGCCCAGUUAUACUCACCAUAUAUUGGUGAUUCUGAACGUUUGAUAAGUGAGGUUUUCCAGAAAGCCAGAGCAGCAGCUCCAUCUAUAAUAUUUUUAGAUGAAAUUGAUUCUAUUGUUGGUAAAAGAUCUGAGAGUUCAUCUAACAGAGGAGUACAAGAAAGAGUUCUCUCCUCUUUACUGAAUGAAAUGGAUGGUAUAGGGAUAAAACUGGACGAUAAACUUCACACAUCAGAGAGAGUUAAAGAGGGUGAUAUAACUAGCAGUAAAUCAGUGGAAGGAAAAUCCUAUAAAACAGAAAACAGAAAUGUUCUGUUGGUAGCAGCAACCAAUCGUCCAGAUCUCUUGGAUGAUGCAUUGGUUCGUCCAGGUAGAAUUGACAGAAUACUUUAUGUACCUCCACCUGAUGAAGAGGCUCGAUUUGAGAUAUUAAAAGUUUACACAAAGAAAAUGCCACUGAAAAAUGUGAGCUUAGAAGAUUUGUCAAAGAACACAAAUUUGUUCUCAGGUGCUGACUUACAAAACUUAUGUAGAGAGGCUGCUCUACAUGCACUGACAGAUAGUCUGGAAUCCACCAGUGUAUCAAUGGAACAUUUCAGACAAGCUUUACUUACAGUGGAACCAUCUCUAACAGAAUCAAUGGUGGAAAAAUAUACAAAAAUGCUAAAUAGAGGGCCCUAGUUAUUGUUAUCUGCACUAAAUUAUUGGCGAAUGGCAGUAAAAUAGUUAGAUAUGAUACAGAAAGAAUGUUUUGGAAGUUGGUAAUUACAUACAUAGUCGGAUGUAUGUUUAAUAUAUUCAGAUUUGAUUGAAAUACAGAGGAAGAGUGUAAUAUAUCUAUGAAGGAAAGGAGAGAAAUCCACACAUAUGAUAGAGAUAUUGUGGGCCACUGAAAUCCACAAAUAUGACAGAGAUAAGGUGGAUGACAGAAAUCGACAUAUAAUAGAGAUACUGUGGACCACUAAAAUCCACACAUAUGAUAGACAUACUGUGGAUGAAAGAAAUCAACCUAUAUGAUAGAGACACUGUUGAUAACAGAAAACAGUACAUAUGAUUGAAAUACUGUGGACGACUGAAAUCCACAAAUAUAACAGAAAUGAUGUGGAUGACAGAAAUCCACACAAAUGAUAGAGUUACUGUGGACAAAAGAAAUCCACACAUAUGAUAGUGAUACUGUGGACCACUGAAACCACAAAUAAAAAUAUAAUGUGGACAUGUCAAAUCUCUUAUUCUAUCGGCAUUUAUACUGGUUCUGACCAGUUCUAUAAAUUUGGAUAAACCACAUGUUUAUUAGAUUGGUUAUCUUUUAAAUUCCUGCCUCAUCAAUUGGGAUCAUUCAUUAAUUACAGGUACUUAUUAGAAAAAACAGACUCUACCAUUUAACCCUGUUGACUUCUGUAUACAACUGUAGUAGAAUCUAAAUUUACAUAAUCUAACAUUUAAUAGUUAGACUCCAGCACAGCAUUAACAGUAUAUUCUUUUGCAUUCAUCUGUCUAAGAAUUGGAAUAAUAUAUGAUCAUAUGUAUGAGGUUAUGAUCAAUAAAGGGUCCUUGACACAUUCCAAAAAGCUGAAAGAUUCUGUCAGAGAUAUGUUUACUUCUUGGUUAAAAGAGUUUUGUGGGAUAUUGUUUUUAAUACUUAGUCCUGAAAUAUAAAAGGUCUUGCUGAACAAAACAUUCCAGGACCGAAAAAUACAUUACAAAAAAUCAAUACAUACUAGCAGACACAGUCAGAAUGUAAGCAGUAUAGCAAAAGACAACCCCCAACCCCACACUUAAAGGACAGGAUGUGUUUACAGCUAUGUUAAUGUAAUUAUUUUAUAUUGAUGGAUCAUAUUAGAUAACUAGUAAAUGAAUAUCAAUCUACCUGUCUGUAUUAAAUUAGGGAAGCUGUCAUUUUAAAUGUUAGAAAUUAUUUAAUGCAUGUUGUAUGUGAUUUCUUACAUAAUAAACCAAAUAAAAACACAUUUUUCACCUUAA